AUCUCCCUUCACGCACCUGAUACCAUUUGGAGUCAUUCCCGGAAGAAAACAAAGUGAAAAUGUGUUUGGGAUGGUUGACUACGAGUUAUUGAACAUGGUUUAAAGUGUUUCCUAUCUUUGUCACUCACUUAGGUGUCAGUCGGACAUUUAAACUCAAAUCGCCACAAUGUAAACGGAGUUUACACCUAGACUGUGGUUCCAUGAGAAAAUAGCUCAACAUGGCGGUUGCGAAUGGUCCGAAUAGUGAAAUUGUAGAUACACUUCGGAAUCUAGAACGAGGACUGGUUGUGACCAUAUUCUUUUCCAGGAGGAAACCAGAAAGACGGACUCUCAGAGUUAAAUUAGAAACCAGACAGCUGUUAUGGAUCAAGGCACAAGGGAGCCGACCGGAAGGCACAGUCAAUUUACGCGAGGUGAAGGAAGUGCGAGCAGGGAAGAGUUCACGAGAUUUCGACAAAUGGCCAGACGAUACAAGAAAAGCAGACGCCAACCUGUGUUUUAUACUUAUGUAUGGCAAUGACUUCAAGCUGAAAACUCUAUCUGUUGUUGCGUCCUCACCUGAUGAUUUUAGACGAUGGAAGAUGGGACUGGAUUGGUUGGAAAAAAGUGCCAAAAACGCUCCCUAUCAGCACCAACUAGAACGAUGGCUGCGACGGGAGUUUUACCUCAUUGACAAGGCUGGGAGUGAUGUGCACAAAACAGUGACUUUAAAAACCAUGAAGGCCUGGAUGCAGCGAGUGAACACAAAGAUUCAGACCAAUAAACUCAGGGAACGUUUCCAGGAAAUAGUAGAAGAAGGUGGGAAAGAAGAACUGGUGUUUGAACAGUUCGCGCUGCUGUUUCACCGACUUGUGUUUGUACCGGUGAUUAUAAGCAAUUAUGUAGAAUUUUACUUAGAUACUCCAAAGAGAGUUGUACCUCCAGAAAAAUUUCAGCAGUUUUUAAAACAUGAACAAAAGGAAAGCUUUGCUGACAACCUUGUUUCUGUGAAAGAGAUGAUGGUGAAGUUCCUCGCCGAUCCAAUCCGUCACAAAAACAAUGUAUACUUCACAGAUAUGGAGUUUGAAGACUACCUGUUCUCCAAAGACAACACAAUCUGGGACGAGAAGCACGACAUGAUCAACCAGGACAUGACACAACCUCUGUCCCUGUACUGGAUAGCCUCCUCCCACAACACAUACCUAACAGGGGACCAAAUAUCAAGUGACUCGUCGGUGGAAGCCUACGUACGCUGUCUCCGUAUGGGAUGUCGGUGUAUAGAGUUGGACUGUUGGGACGGUCCGGAUGGUUACCCAAGUAUAUACCAUGGUCACACACUGACAUCACGGAUACGAUUCCUCGACGUUCUCAAAUCAAUCAAGGAUCACGCCUGGGUCGCAUCAGAGUACCCACUUAUUCUGUCCAUAGAAAACCAUUGUUGCCUUGGUCAGCAACGAAACAUGGCCAUGGCCUUUAAAGACACAUUCGGCGCUGACCUACUGGUGGAGCCGGUAGAGGGAGACCCCAACCAGUUGCCUUCUCCAGAUAAACUCAAACGCAAAGUCAUCCUGAAGCAUAAAAAGUUGGAUCUUCCCAAAGAUGGAGGUGCAGCAGAAUGUGUUGUGGACAGAGUGGAUGAAAAUAUGCCAACGGGCCGAGAAGGAGACAUGAACAAUGCCGUAAAGACGGGAGUAUUGUACUUAGAAGAUCCCCUUGAAAAUGUGUGGCAUCCUCACUUCUUUGUGCUAACAAGUACAAAGCUACACUACACCGGGGAGACGGACCAGAAUCAGCAGGAAGAGGACGAUGCUGAGGAUGACAAUGGUUCAGUGACAGGCGAGGACCGCCCCCAGGAUGAACUCCACUUCAGCGAACGGUGGUUCCAUGGAAAGUUAGAAGGAGGCAGGAACAAAGCCGUUGAACUUCUACGGGAAUACGCCUCACUAGGAGAUGGAGCAUUCCUAGUCCGGGAAAGCGAGACAUUUGUUGGAGACUUCUCUCUGUCAUUCUGGUGGCAGGGAACAACACAGCACUGCCGUAUCAAGUCGAAACAGGAGAUGGGAACCACCAAGUACUUCCUCAUCGAGACCAAUCUGUUUGAUAGCCUUUAUGAACUCAUCACUUAUUAUCGUACCAACCCACUCCGUAGCCAGAAUUUCUCUAUCAUUUUGUCGGAGCCCAUUCCACAGCUUGUCAGUCAUGAGGGCAAAGAGUGGUUCCAUAGCAACCUUGACCGUAGCCAGGCAGAGGACAUGCUGAAGAAGAUUGGUCGUGAUGGAGCAUUUCUUGUCCGCCGAAGUGCCAAAAAUCAGGACUCUUAUGCAAUAUCAUUCAGAGCGGAUGGUAAAAUUAAGCACUGCCGUAUCCAGAAUGAAGAACGCCUUUUUGUCAUUGGGUCAGCCGAGUUUGAGAGCUUGGUAGACCUUGUGGAGUACUAUGAGAAAAACCCUCUCUAUAACAAAGUCAAACUCAAGUAUGCCGUAAGCCAGCGACUCGUGGAGGAGAGGGGGGCUGAAGCCGCUGAACCGGGGUCAGAUUACAUCUGUCCUAACGAGUUUUCAAAGGUACAUGAUACAGAUGAGAAUCAUGGAGCAGAAGGGAUUUAUCACCAACCCAAUGAGUUUGUAACCAAGGUGAAGGUCAAGGCCCUAUAUGACUAUCCAGCCAACCGCACAGAUGAACUCUCCUUCCUCAAAGGAGCCAUCAUCACCAAUGUCCACAAGUCGGACAAUGGAUGGUGGCGUGGUGAUUAUGGCGACAAGAAGCAGUCCUGGUUCCCAGAUUACAUGGUGGAAGAGAUCGAGACCCAGGACGAGACCGCUGACACAACUCCCUUGGGGACUAUGCAGAAAGGCUCCAUAGACGUUCAGGGCUGUAAAAUAGAGCCUGUUAGCCGACCAGACCGUCCAUUUGCUAUACGCAUCUUCACUCGUACUCAACCCUUUCCGAUAGAAGUAGCAGCCGACACUGAGAGCGAGAUGAAGGAGUGGAUAGAAAACAUCAACAUGUGUACCAACAAUCUAGACGGAACGAAACAAGAGGACAAGCGAUUAGAACGUAAGAAGUGUCUGGCUCGCGACCUCUCCGACCUCAUCAUCUACACCAUUGCAGUGCCAUUUGAACCACAAAGAGUAAUGAACAAUCCAAACUGCUGUGAGAUGUCUUCUUUCUCUGAAACCAAGAUGGAGAAGUUUUUCUCUGUAUCUCAGGCAAAUUUCUUUGUGAAAUACAAUAGGAACCAGCUGAGUAGAGUGUACCCUAAAGGGUCUCGGCUGGACUCCUCCAACUACGACCCCAUGGCUUGUUGGAACGUGGGUACACAGAUAGUAGCCCUCAACUACCAGACCCCAGACCGCUCUAUGCAGCUCAACCAGGGGCGUUUCCUCAGGAACGGAAACUGUGGGUACCUGCUGCAGCCCCAGUCAAUGAGGAUCCCGGUGUUUAAUCCUUACGACAAGACCACUCUCCAGGGGGUGGCUCCUCUCACCAUAUCGCUGACGGUACUCGGAGCAAGACACCUUGUGAAAUCGGGCCGGGGAAUAGCUAGUCCCUUUAUAGAGAUAGAAGUUACUGGUAUUGAUCAAGAUUGUCACAAAUUCAAAACUCCAACAAUAGCUGAUAACGGCCUUAACCCAGUAUGGAAAGACGGCAAUUUUGUUGUUUUUGACAUGCUGUGUCCAGAUCUCGCUCUCAUACGCUUCGUCGUGCAGGAUGAGGACACAUUUGGGGAACCAAACUUCCUGGGCCAGGCAACCUUCCCUGUACCAACCAUCAAAAGUGGUUACAGAAGUAUUCCUCUGAAGAAUGGAUUCGGGGAGGAUUUAGAAAUGGCUGCCAUCCUGGUUCACUUAGAAAUGCGGAACCCAUGUGAAUCAGAGGACCGCGACAUUUACGGGUGUAUACAGGACCUCCUGGAGAAGAAGAGCGAGCUAACAGGUCAGCUUCAGGAGAUGGAACAGUCCGGGCUGAGUGACAACGCCACCAAGUCACUCCAGGACCAACUCAAUCAGACAGAACAGGUCCUUAUCGCCAAGAAUGAGGAAAGACGUCAGAGAAAGAUGACGGUGAAACAGAAAAAGGUGGUCUAUCGGCGGACGUCAGCCAGUUGAUGACAUGAUUCAGAGAGAGACAGGGGGGACAACAGUACUAAGCAAUAAACUAAUAUUGUAUAUGAACUCAUGAUACAGUCACUGACGUGUUACUUUCAAUAAACCGGGUUUGUCCACAAACUUUGAAUCCAGAACCAAUGCUGGUGUUUAUGACAGACAUCUUUGGCGACAUUGUCACCGUUGUUCUUUUCUGGAAAUUUUACAAAACCUGAACUAGUAUGAUGACUUACAAGAUUCCUUCCAUUUUCACAAAAAUGCUUCUAUGGGUUUGUUGUUACUGCUGUUAAAUGUGUAUCACAUUAGACAUCCUUCAAAAUUAUUGAUAAGUGCUACUUGUUUUACUUAGGAUCAGUAACUGCUUCUUUUUGUGUGUCAAAUCUAAGGUCCUGUGACUAAUUCGUUUAUUUGCCCCCCCCCCCCGCCCCCCUUCCUAUAGAGUCGUAGGCAUGUGUCACCCACCUUCCUAUAGGAUAGAAGGCAUGUGCCACUUGCCUUCCUAUAGGAUAGUAGGCAUGUGUCACCUGCCUUCCUAUAGAAUCGUAGGCAUGUAUCACCUGCCUUCCUAUAGGAUUUAGACAUGUGUCACCUGCCUUUCUUUAGGAUCGUAGGCAUGUGUCACUUGCUUUCCUAUAGGAUUUAGACAUGUGUCACCUGCCUUUCUUUAAGAUCGUAGACAUGUGUCACCUGCCUUCCUAUAGGAUCGUAGGCAUGUGUCACUUGCUUUCCUAUAGGGUCAUAGACGAGUGUCACCUGCCUUUCUUUAGUAUCGUAGGCGUGUGUCACUUGCUUUCCUAUAGUAUCGUAGACAUGUGUCACCUGCCUUCCUAUAGGAUCGGGGCAUGUGUCAUCUGCCUUCCUAUAGAAUUGUGGGCUUGUGUCACUUGCCUUCCUUUAGGAUCAUAGACAUGUGUCACCUUUGAUUUUCUUAAGGAUCUCUGAUAUGAAUCGCCUUUGAAGUCCUUAUACAAAUGUAAGGUUUAAUAUUUCGUUGCUUUAUGAAAAGUGUGGAUCAUUUUUACCUGCAGAAAUACUUAUAUUUUGUGAAUAUUGCGUGUUAUAUCUACUGUAUUGAAGAACUUGUAACACAGCACUACAGCUUAACACCAAUCUGUGUCAGUGAUAAAAGAUCUUGGCAAAUCAUAGGUCAAGCUUCCUUGCGAAUCUGAUUCAAGAUUACAUUGCCUAAGUAAGAUUAACUGCUGAAGGAUGCGCCAUUGCAGCGAUAAUAUGUUGUCAUGUUGCACCACUUGUAAUUUAAGUAGCCGAGCUAUAACCUACAGGCGUAUAGUAUAUUUGACAUACCAUUGAUUUAGCCUUUAAUUUUGUAGAGGCUAGGAUUAAAUGUGUGCUUUAAUUUUGUAGAGGCUAGGAUUAAAUGUGUACUUUAAUUUGUAUUGUACAAUCCCGAGGUCUAACCAGACAAUUUUACAAUUCAUUAUACAUUUAUGCUGUAUUUAAUUUAGCAAAUGUUUUAUCAAAAAGGUGAGAUUUUUGAGAGAGGUGUGCUGAGUGGUUCGUGAAUGUCAGGGACAGACAGCGUCCUCUUGUAUGAGGACACCUGUUCCGUGUUUCAUCCUGAAGGAUUUCUAUGUAGUUUAGAUGAUGUAUAAAUUAUCAAUGUUAACCUGCCAUGUUUAAUAGAACUGUAUUGUACACAUAUAUCAAAUGUCAUAUUAGUUACCUAAGAUUUUUGUUGCAUUUUCUUAUGCACCAAGUGCUUGAGAAGCGUAAUACAUGUACACAAGCAUUUAUAUUCAAUUGAUACCGUUUUUGGUAUCUUGUAAAAUGAACUUCUAAAAUUAAAAAGAAUGAAACAUGAUAAUGUAGCAAACAUUUACAAUUCCCUAGUAUAGCCGAUCAAACAUUUACAAUUCCCUGGUAUUGUCUUUCAAAAAGAUUUUCAUGAUUAAUUGAUAUUCAGAUUUGUUAAAUCAUGUACACUGCAUAUUUUUAAAAAAAUAAAUUUUUCAUCUUUUUGCAAUUUUGCACUAAAUUCAUGCGAAAAUGUUAAUUGAAACACAUUGUAAUAUUAAUUCAGCAGCAUUGCGAACAUGAAAAUUCAAAAUUUGAAUGUACAAAACUUCAUAUACAAAAGAUUCCAUACAAGAAAAAAAUGUAUACUUUAAAAAAACUAAAAAGUUAUACUCGUGUAUUGGAGAGUGGGCACACAUAUCCAUUGUUUACUGAUGAUUAUGUAAAUUAUAUUUAUCACAUGUUACUAUUUACACGGCAUAGUUUUGUUUAUUAAUCUAGCAUAAUAUUUCAUGAAAUAUGUUCAUUUUCUUUUUCUUCCGGCUUUUGUCAAAUUUGCUGGCCAUAUUUAUUUUGUUUGUUUGGUAAAUUGUUAUCAAGUUCCUAUUUGAAUAUUAUAAGACUCUUUCAUGCCCAGGGGUGACUGACAGGGAAAUUCCACCUGAGGUUUUCUAAUUUGUAAAUCCAGAGGCCUGAAUGAAGAAAAGUUUUGAAUGAAAAGUUUGUUUGCAGUUUUAUGCAGAAAUUAGCAUUUUCAGGCAUUUAUAAAAACAAAAUUCAAAAAUACAUUAAAACUUUUUUUAUUCUUUGAUAACAAAGGCAUCCAUGAAAAGUUGGAACUCUUCAACAAGAAGAAAAUUGGAGGUAAACAAGUUGUCCUAAUGCAAGAUUAAUGUUGCUAGCUAGGUGUGACAUCACAUAGCACAUUGCUAUUUUACAAUGACAUUAUCACAGAAGCUCGGAGUGAUAAGACACUAGCAGUUAUGCUUACUGUAUUCAUCCAGAAAUAAGCCCAUGCCUGCUAAUAAGCCCACCCAAUUUUUUUCCAGUUCUGUAGAAAUGCAAGCAAAGGUUAUUUCAUUGUUCUGUUAUAAUCCCAUCCCCUAACUUUGAGUGACAGAUUAUGUGUUGCUCACCCCACCUCACCCCACCUAACCCCACCCACAACACCCACAACACCCCACCUCCCCAGGGCUUAUUGCAGGAUUAAUACAGUAAGUAUCUAUGAUAACCCAUGAGGUAGAAAAACCUGCACAUAACUUUAAUCUAUCACAUACAAUUUUUUAACUCUGGCUGAAUUUUUGAAAAGUUGAAUGAAUAGUAAUUAACAUGUUUCAUGGAAUUUGGUGUAUUGUUUAAAUAUAUAUUUUAUGAAGAAUUGAAUUAAGAGACUGUUUUGUCUAUAUACAAUAUUUGAACAAAUAAUCUACUAACAGAUAAGCAGUAGAUAUUCUAUGUGAGAGUUCAGUUGAAGUUUUGUUUUGCUGCAGGUUUCUCUGUUAGAUUACUAUACAUAAAUUUAAUAAAAUGUACAUUGUUUUCUUGAUGAAAUAUAUGUAUUUAUGUACAUUCACUUUGUGCUGAUGACCGCUGGUCAUUCUAGCAGUUUAUCUACAUUGUUAUUUCUCCAUGAUCACGAAAAAGUGUUCUUGGUUUCCGCUAGAUAUAUACAUGCUUGAAUAAUGCUGCGAUUUGUGUACUGUGUUUAUCUGGUAAUAAGCCCACUCAUAUCUAUAACAGUUCAGUAGAAAUGGCAACAAUAGCUAUUUCAUUGUCCUGUAAUAAGCCCACCCCCUAAAUUUAGUUGGUGCAUGUUUUGGUCCCCCAGGCUUAUUGCAGGAUAAAAACUAUACACAUAUAUAAUUUUAAAAAGUGCUAAAAUUAUAGUUAGAAUGGUUAUACAUUCUGUGUUUUGUAUAUAUACAAACCUACAUAUACUGCAUUGCUAUAACUGGCAGAUAUUCAAGGCCAUUUCUAAGUAUCUGCAAUGAUCAAAAACUUUCAACUAAUCUGGCAUCAACACAAUGCAAGUUUUUUAUUUGCAGUGUUUAAUUGCAAACAAAUCGCAUUGUAAAAUCUCGGUAUAUCUUAAUUUGUCUGCAUACAUAUCCAGUCUCUUAGAACUUCGUAAAUGACUUAUCUUUUUACAUAUUUUGGUUUUCAUGGUUUGUGAAUAAAGAUUAUCUUUCAGGUUGAAAAUGAAUGUUAAAAAGAAGUUGCCCAUGCCUGGUAAUAAGCCCACUAAUAUCUAUUGCAGUUCAGUAGAAAUGCCAACAUCGCUCAUUUCAUUGUCCUGUAAUAAGUCGAUCCCGGUACUUUGAGUUGGAGAUUCACGUGUCGACCCCCUGGGCCCAUAUUCAUGAAACCGUUCUCAUGCUCAAGCAUGGAUUUUGUGCUGAAGUCUAGUUUCUUGUUCCGUUUAUAAAAUGAUAAUAAAACCAAAUAUUGUCAUUAAUUUGAGACAGAAAAAAUGAAGAAACUUAAAGCCAAAUACUG